ACAGCUGUAGGAGGGGCUUUGUCAGAUAAGGAAGGCAUUAGGUAAGGCCAUUAGUGUCCUGUGGAUUAUUGUAAUCCAGUCUCUCUAUCACUGCUGGCUUGGUUGCUCAGUCUACAGUCGGUGUCGUCUGGUUUGGAGCAGGUUGGAAGAUGGCUCUUAACGUGCAGCGUUUUCUGCUGGCCCUGCUUCUUCUGGGAUCUAACGUGUUCAUCAGCAUUUAUGCUCAAGAGGCGGAAGUUUCUGAAGCAUGGACCAAAAGGUCUUGCAAAUGUGACUGUGAAGGAGGAGAAUCCCCAACUGAGUUCUCCUCCAUUGGGACUGGCUCUUCCAUGGUGCGAGGAGUGGACUGCAUGCCAGAGUGUCCAUACCACAAGCCCCUGGGCUUUGAGGCUGGAUCAGUGAGUCCAGAGCAGAUAACCUGCUCCAACCAGGACCAAUACACCGGCUGGUUCUCCUCAUGGCUCCCGAGCAGGGCCCGGCUCAACGGUCAGGGUUUUGGGUGUGCCUGGCUGUCUAAGUUCCAGGACAGCAAUCAGUGGCUGCAGAUUGACCUGAACGAGGUGAAGGUGGUGUCAGGCAUCCUCACUCAGGGCCGCUGUGAUGCUGAUGAAUGGAUCACAAAGUACAGCGUUCAGUACCGCACAGAUGAAACACUCAACUGGAUCUAUUACAAAGACCAGACUGGAAACAACAGGGUGUUUUAUGGAAAUUCUGACCGCUCCUCAUCUGUGCAGAACCUCCUGCGGCCGCCCAUUGUGGCUCGCUACAUCCGCAUCCUUCCCCUCGGAUGGCACACACGCAUUGCUCUGCGCAUGGAGCUGCUGCUCUGCAUGAACAAAUGCAUCUGAACCUUUCCUCCCGCCGUCCCUGAGGCCUUGCCCUAAAACUUAAUCUAUACCUAAAGCCCCAUUGUAAGAGUGCGUGGUCUGCUCUCACAUCCACAGAUUUGGCCCCCUUCAGCUACAUGUAUAAAACCACAAGCUGAGGAAAAUACAUUCUGUUUAAAACCUUUUUAAAAUACAAACAGACAUUUUGACUUGUGAUUGUGAUGUGAUUUCAUUAAAAUAUUUGUUUGAUA